UCGAAGAAAAUCGAUCGAUAAAUUAUCUGCAUCGUAGCGAGCAAGAAGUGUGGCGGUGGCUCGACGUCCACUACUCGUCGUGUGUGCCAAAUCCGGUCCUCUGGUGUCCCGAAGUGUGCCAAAAUGCUUAGCUAAAACCUAAAACAACUGCUGUUCGACUCCGACGAACGCCGCGAAGGAUAUUGAAUGCAAGGAAUUUGCUUUCGUCGCUUUCCUGCCUGAGUACUUGGGCACCUGCCAUUUUUGGAGUUUGUUUAGUAUUAUCAUCAUCAUCUUUCACGUCGCCUUCCUUCUGCAGAUCCGCCUAAACCUGCUUUGCAAUUAAUAGCUACUAGAUAGCGAAAGCAAUGAAGAAGCAAAAUGUCCGGACUAUUUCGCUGAUUGUGUGUACCUUUACCUAUUUACUAAUUGGGGCAGCCGUGUUCGAUGCCCUCGAGUCGGAAACAGAGAAGAAACGCUGGAAGGCCCUUAGUGCAAUCGAAAAUGUACUCAUCUCGCGGUACAACAUAUCGGCCGAGGACUUCAAGGUGAUAGAAACAGUCAUCAUGAAGUCCGAGCCGCACAAAGCCGGGCAACAGUGGAAAUUUUCCGGAGCUUUCUACUACGCUACAACGGUGCUGACCACCAUCGGGUAUGGGCAUUCGACGCCGUCGACCGUCAGUGGGAAGAUCUUCACCAUGUGCUACGCCGCCAUUGGGAUUCCGCUGGGACUCGUUAUGUUCCAGAGCAUUGGCGAACGGGUCAACAGGUUGAGCAGUGUGAUCGUCCAUGCGGUGAAGACUUCAUUCAACUGCAAGAAGGCCAUCGCCUCCGAAGUGGAUCUGAUCCUGGUGGUAACAACGUUGAGCUCGCUAACGAUAGCAGGUGGAGCGGCGGCGUUCAGCAAGUUCGAAAACUGGUCCUACUUCGACUCAGUGUACUAUUGCUUCAUCACACUCACAACCAUCGGCUUCGGGGACAUGGUAGCGUUGCAAAAGGACAAUGCCCUUAACCAGAAACCGGAGUACGUGGCAUUUGCGUUGAUCUUCAUUCUGUUCGGGCUUGCGGUGGUCGCUGCCUCGUUGAAUCUCCUGGUGCUUCGCUUCGUUACCAUGAACACCGAAGAUGAGAAACGGGACGAGGCACAGGCCAUACAGGCUCUUCAAAUAGCUGUCAAAUUGGACGGGGACAUCAUAACUGGAAACUCGAGCGACACGGAUCGCCGGUGCUACGAGCGGAUAUCCGUGUCGGGACCAAGUCGACCCAACUGUGGCACCUGUCCGCGGAAGUUCGACCAGCCGGAUACGAGCAUCGGGUACAUCAUGGACGCCAGCUACCGCUAUCCGUUGGUGGACUGCGAAAUGGCCGAGCUGCGAUCGCCCAAUACGGUGCGCUACAACGUGUACGAGAUGGAAACGGACGACGAAGGAGGAUUGAUACCACCGCUGCGAUACGAUUUCCAGCCCAGCCGCGGAAGAGCGUCCGUUUAGGGGGUGUUGGGAACGGGGCAGCAGCAUUUAGGUGUAUCAUCAUCGAAGGCCAGAUGCCAAAAACAAGCGUGUGUAGAUUAUGCUAUUGUAAGUUAUGUAAUUUUUGGGUCUAAAUUUUUAAAACAGAAUACUAAUGUCGAAUUUUAGGAUUAGUAGAUUGGGAGCAAUCGGGUUGAAUAAUAAAUGAAAUUAAACAAA